AUGGUCAACGUGCCGACCGCUGCCUUUGCGCCAGGCGCACAGGACUUCAACGCCGCCCCAGAAUCUUCGUUUCAAGAACGUUCGUUUGCAGACAAUAGCCUCUCGACUGAUGGCACAGUCGGUGGGGAUGGCAAUUAUGUACCACGUCCCAAGCGCAUCGCUUGCGUUGUCUGCCGCCGGCGGAAGCUCAGAUGUGAUGGCAAACGGCCAAGUUGCGGCACCUGUUCGCGACUUGGCCACGAAUGCGCAUACGAUGAAGUCCGCAAGAAAAGUGGGCCGAAACGGGGAUACGUGAAGCAACUGGAAGCGCGACUCGGAGACCGAGCCAGUACCCCGACAAUCUCCACCCCAGCCUCACGAAACCUCUUUCGCGCGCCUGUGGGUGAUGAUUCAAUACUCGGUCUCUCGGAAAUUGCGACUUUUGGGGGUGAUGCCGGGAUGCAGAUCCCACAAUCUGCUGCUGGGUUCGGCCCAUCUCAAUCGAAUCCGUCAUUGUUCACCGGUGGAAUCGAUGCACCUGGUGCAUCCUCCUGGGAUCUGCUCAGCUUGGGGCUAGAGGAGCCUCUUCCUAGCCAAGAUGUGAUAGACGACUUGGACAAUAUCUUUUUCGAAAAGAUUUAUCCAAUGAUGCCCAUCAUUCAUAAACCAAGAUACUACGCCAGCCUCAACCUCGCCCCUCACAUGCGGCCACCAAUCUGCCUACGAUACAUGAUGUGGUGUCAAGCAGCAUCUGUCACCGAUAAGUACUUCAGCUUGCAUCAUCAUUUCUAUCAACGCGCCCGGAAAUAUGCAGAACUAGAUGAGAUGAAGGGUUUUGGAGAGAGCAUCAUCAGCCUAGCGCAUUGUCAGAUGUGGAUUCUAGCCGGAUCUUAUGAGUUUCGGAUGAUCUACUUCCCGCGCGCGUGGUUGAGUGUUGGCAAAGCGACGCGGUUGGCACUCAUGCUAGGCCUCAAUCGCCUCGAUGGCACUGGACUCGAUGUGAAGCAGUCCAUGGUACCGCCCAAAGACUGGACUGAACGGGAAGAGCGCCGUCGAACAUUCUGGAUGGCUUUCUGCGUCGAUCGAUAUUCCAGCGUCGGGACGGGCUGGCCGAUGGUCAUCGAUGAAAAUGAUAUUAUGACAAACCUUCCGGCAUCCGAUGAAGCUUUCAAUAAAAGUCUGCCUCAAAAGACGCCCCGUCUGGAUGAUAUCAUAGCCGGUGAAGGUGUCUCUACAAUGGCUCCGUUUGCCUGUGUUUGUGUCUUGGCCAGUCUAAUGGGGAGGAACCUUGUGCACAUCCACCGAACACAGCCCCAGGACAAUGACCAUGACCUGAAUGGCGAGUUCUGGAAACGACAUCGAAGCAUCGACAACAUCCUCCUCCACAUUUCCCUCUCACUGCCUGAGCAUCUUCGAAUUCCCAACAGUAUUGACGAUGUAAACGUCAUUUUCGCCAACAUGAGUAUACACACAUCCACCAUUUGCCUUCAUCAAGCGGCAAUUUUCAAAGCCGAGAAAAACAAGAUGGCCAACCAAAUUAUUACCGAAAGCAAACGCAGGUGUCUGGUGGCAGCUAACCAAGUAUCGAGCAUUAUGAAGAUGGUUUGUCACAUGAAUAUGGUACUCCUCAAUCCUUUGAUGUCUUUUUCUCUGUAUAUUGCAGCACGUGUCUUUGUGCAAUAUUUGAAAUCGCGGCCUGAGGACUCUGCAGUCUAUUCCUCACUUCAAUUCGUUGUAUCGGCGCUGAAUGCGAUGAAAUCGAAGAACCCCCUUACAGAAUCGUUCCUCGUACAGCUGGAUGUUGACUUGGAAGGAACUGGAAUCCGGGCCUUGGAAUCCAUGAAGAAUGGCUCUGGACUCAGCCGCGUCGCGAAGAUUAUGGUCCGUAUCACUGUCCCCAUAUACUCACCUACCGGCUGCGAGACUUCAUUGUUCUUUUCUCCGCUCGCGAGGCUUGAAUUGCCGUACUUACACUUUCCACAGAACACCUACUGCGCUGAUGUCCAGCCCACUCCAGCAUAUCCUGUCAUGCACUCCCAGCCUCGAGCCGGCUACAGCGGCUCUUCGGAGAAUGGCUUGAGAACGGGCACAUCGGCUGGUUCUUAUGGGCCUGGAAUGACCACCUCGCUUCCCAGUAGGCACAGAGACCCCUCGAACGUUGAGCCCGAACAGAGGCCGCUGUGCAGUGAACCGCAGAUGUUCUUCCCCCGUGCCGGUCGGGGUUCGAAUGGCUUAUCGGACGGAACUGGCCAAGGGACUCUUGAAGGUGACAUGGACUUCUCUCCAGACUUUGGCCACAGUGACCGAAAUCCCCCUUCCGAUCAUCCUACACCAUCAACUUUAAAUUCAUCCUCCAAUGCAUCCUACGCGGUACCUGGAGGUGAAAAUCCAUCGCCUGACAAGAGGCAUCCGAGUACUGCCUCAUCAUACCAAACCAUGCCUUCCGUGAUGAUGGACAAAACUCAAACUACCCAGAUUUCUCCCAUCACGGCUGAUGGGAUCCAAGCACUUGAUAUGUCGUCCCUCGCUGGACAAGCGUACACGGCCGGUCCCAUCAACGCAAUGGGGGCAGCAGCACUCCCGAACGUUUUUGGCGCAAAUCGUUGGGAUAUCGAUAAUGCUUGUCAAGAUCUCAACAAUCUCGAUUAUGACGUUGUCAAUGUGGAAGCUUUCACCGACGCCGAGUGGGCUCAAACCCUGAAUACACAAAACCUUAACGGCUGGGAGAACUGGCGACAAACAUGA